AAUCACUUUAUCAGUCAGUACCAAUACACCACUUUGGAGUUCACAAAUAAAGAGUUUUAUUUUUAGAAGCAAAUAGAAAAACAAAAAAAAUGGCUUCAAAUUCAGCCACUUGUCUUUUCUUGAUUUUCUUCAUUGUUACUCAGUGUCUAUCAGUCCUUAAUGCUGCUGAAGAUUUCGAUUUUUUCUACUUUGUUCAACAGUGGCCAGGAUCAUACUGUGAUACUAAACAAAGUUGUUGCUACCCCACAACUGGAAAACCAGCAGCAGAGUUUGGAAUCCAUGGACUUUGGCCUAAUAACAAUGAUGGCACUUACCCAUCAAACUGUGAUCCAAACAGUCCUUAUGAUCAAUCUCAGAUUCGUGACUUAAUCAGCAGAAUGCAACAAAAUUGGCCAACUCUGGCAUGCCCAAGUGGUACUGGCUCAACGUUUUGGUCACAUGAAUGGGAAAAACAUGGCACUUGUGCUGAAUCUGUUUUCACAAACCAACAUGGCUACUUCAAGAAGGCUCUUGAUCUCAAGAAUCAAAUUGAUCUUUUGUCAAUUCUUCAGGGUGCUGAAAUCCAUCCUGAUGGAGGAUCUUAUAGCUUGGAUGACAUUAAAAGUGCGAUUAAAAGCGCGAUUGGAUAUACUCCUGGUAUUCAAUGUAAUAUAGACGAGUCGGGUAAUAGCCAGCUAUACCAGGUUUAUAUUUGUGUCGAUGGCUCGGGUUCAAAUCUCAUCGAGUGCCCUGUUUACCCUAGGGGGAAAUGUGACUCCAGCAUUGAGUUCCCAACAUUUUGAGCCAGUUUUUGUUCUUUGGCCUCAUUUCAUAUCCCUCAUUGUGUUGUCUCUUUCCUUUGUACUAUUUCUUGUUUACUAAUGUUAGAAUGUUAUACAUGUUCUCUAAUCAUUGGAAAAGGCUAUACCUUCUUUGGAGAAAUAACAUAUUGAAAUUGACAUUUCUUCUUAGUA